GGUUGAUAGGCAAGAUGAAAGGAAGCUGUUGUGAGAUGCGGCUCAAGGAGGAGAAAUUCUAGGAGGUUAGGGGUGGGGAGAAGAGCUAUUUGGGGUGCCCAGUUGGGACGUGGAGCUAUCUCCAUCUUCAGCUCCAGAGCAUCUGGUUUCCGUUCAGACUAAUGGCACAGCAUGCCUUCCAAGAUCAAGAACAAGAGGGAGGAAGGAACUCCAGGCAGCAGAAAAGAAAAUCCUUUGAAGACACAAUGAGACCAAAGGAAGUAGAAUUAACGAUCACUGAAACCCUGUGGGACCAGGUGCUAAUGGCCUUUAAGGAUAUACAAAAUGAGCUGCAGGAAGAUGCUCGGAUUCGAGGGAUGAGCUCCGCGACACCCACAUCAUCUGCAUCCAAGACUGGAAGCACCAAGACUUCAGAUGCUGCAAUGACCCCGAAGUUGGGAAGACUGCUGCCAGGCACUGGAGAGCAGCCAUCAGGGAUCCAGGCCCAAAACCUGAGAGGACAGUCCUCUGAUCAGCCAGCUUGCUACCCUGACCCUAAUCCAACAAUCAACGAAGAAGACCACCUUCAGGGCACAGCUUUGGUUGCCUGAAAAACAAAGUUAUUGGGCAGGCAUCACCACUGAUCUGGAAGAGGGAGUGAUACUCAUGGGCAGAGAUGCCAGGGUCUAUGGCUACAACCAGGAACCUGGAAAUCA